CCUUCUUCCCUUCAUUAUUUUACUUUCUUAAUCUUUCAUCACUUCAUAAUUAAUUGCUCAUCGCUAUGGAUGCGGCUUUGGAUUUGCCUCCCGGUUUCAGGUUCCACCCUACAGAUGAGGAGAUCAUCUCUUAUUAUCUCACUCACAAGGUUUUGAACACAAGUUUCACCGCAACUGCCAUUGGAGAAGUUGAUCUCAAUAAGUGUGAGCCUUGGGACUUGCCUAAGAAAGCAAAGAUGGGGGAGAAAGAUUGGUACUUCUUCUGGCAAAGAGAUAGAAAGUAUCCAACUGGGAUCAGAACGAAUCGAGCCACGGAAUCCGGCUAUUGGAAGGCCACCGGAAAAGACAAAGAGAUUUACAAAGGGAGAAACCUUGUUGGUAUGAAGAAAACCCUUGUGUUCUAUAGAGGUAGAGCCCCUAAUGGACACAAAACCAAUUGGGUUAUGCAUGAAUUCAGAUUGGAAGGCCUUUUUGCUACUUACAACCUCCCUAUACCUGCUAAGGAUUGCUUUUCUCUUUUGCAGGAGGAAUGGGUUGUGUCGAGGGUUUUCCAUAAGAACACAACAGAAAAAUUGAACCCAACUAUUCCAUCUGGCCUCUUUAGGAUAAUGAAGAACAUGAACUCAAUUGGAGAUGAUGAUCUUGUAGAUUUUUCUUCUCUCCCACCUCUCAUGGAUCCUUCUAAUAAUUAUGAUGAUGAACACACCACCACCACCAACAACAACUAUGUCAAUAGUAUGUUUGCAUCAUCAUCAGAUUAUAAUAUUACUAUUCAGCAAAACAAGAAAGAUAUGAUGGGAAUAAGGAAUAAUAAUAAUAAUAUUAGAGCAUUGUUAAUGUACGACGGUCCAUCAUCAUCAUCAUCAGAAGUAGUUGCUCCUCCUCUCUCUGACUUGGAAUUAGGCCUCUGGGAUUUAUAACUUCUUACCAAAACAUUAUUAAACAUUAUUUCUGAUGAUAUUUAUAAGAUGAAGACUCACGUGCAAUUGUCUUUAUAUAAAAUUGAUAUUCGAAAAUUGUUAGAUAAUAAUUUAGUUAAAUUUAUUAAAUUAUCUAACGAUUUUUUAAUAUUAAUUUUAUAUUUAUAUAGAGAUAACUGCAUGUAAGUUUUUAUCUAUUUAUAAUUUAAUUUAGGAUUGACUGUGUGACCAUAUUUUCCUUCUUCCAUAACAGCAUGAUAUAUAUUAUAUAGUUCAUGGAUGGAUAUAUCUAUAUAUAGAUUUGUAAUAUCCAAACUUGAUUUGUCAGAAGAGUUUUAGGAUUUUCUCAUAGAAGACAGCUAAUGUGGAUCUUGUAUGUAUGUACAUUAUUCUUUUGAUAUGUAAGUGUGUUUUUGUUUUAUUC